AUGGAGAAGAUAAAAAAAGCCGAAAUUCGAGACAAACGCGAUCCGCAGCAAACUGAGGCCUGGAUUCUUGGAACAGGGACCGCAUCUUUGGCGUCCGCUUUUUAUCUGAUCAAGCAUGCCAAGAUACCGCCUCGGAAGGUGCAUAUUCUCGAGUCGUGUGAUUCGUUGCAGGAAAUUUGGCAUCAUAAAGGCGACCCAUCGAGCGGAUACGAUCAGUUUGCAGGAUGCUUGCCUGUUCCAAUCGGUGAACCUCUGAAAGAAAUCCUUUCUUGUAUCCCAUCCGCUUCCCCAACAACUGGCCGUCGGGCACAGAGCUUUUUGCAUGCCAUACAGUCAGCGGAAGUCAACCGAACCUUUACAACGCAAGUUAGUACCACAUGUAUUGUGGUACAAAGGGAUCGCAAGCUGCGGAAUAUCGUGACUAGGUCGCUGGACUUGAAUUUUAAGCAGCGACUGAAACUUGUUCAGUUUAUGCUGAAAGGAGAAAAGCGGUUGGGAAGGAAUCACAUCAGUGACUUUUUUCCACAAAGCUUUUUCGAAACUUCGUUUUGGGCUAUCUGGUCCGCUCAAUUCGGUCUUCAGCCUUGGCACAGCGCAACUGAGUUCAGGCGUGCUUUGCAUCACUACCUCGGUGAUUUCCACAACCUAUCUAUUUUGAACUGCCUUGAUAUUACCGGUUACUACCAAUUUGAGUCCAUAUUCCUUCCUAUCUGCCUUUACCUCGAGAGCCUUGAUGUGGAUUUUCAGUUCGAUACCAAGGUUAGGGCCAUUGUGACUUCUUCUGAUAACGAUACUCGAACUAUUUCACGACUAGAGUUGAGUCAGAAUGGUUUCCUAACCCGCAAGGACCUUGGGCCCAACGACAUCGUUAUAGCAACACUGGGAUCUACAGAAUCAGGGGCUGCGGUCGGAUCGAAUGAUCAUCAACCGGUUCUGUUAUCAUUCGAUGCGUGCGAUCAGUUUGACGAGAACUGGUCACUAUGGCUCACCCUUGCCCCCAUAGGCAGAGAUUUCGGCAACCCCUAUGCUUUCUGCACACGUCGGCCUCAGUCAAUGGUAGAGUCCUUCACAAUCACUACUGAAGAGCUCAAUUUUUUCAACUAUCUCACUUCUCUGUCACAAUCGACGUUAGCAACAGGGGCAUUGAUCGUCCUUCGGGAGAGUCGGUGGAAACUAAAUCUCUGUAUACCCGCGCAACCAGUCUUUCAAUCUCAGCCAGGAGACGUGCGCGUUCUUUGGGGAUUCGCACUCUUCCCAGAGGGUAUAGGUGACUACGUUAAGAAACCGAUGCUACAAUGCUCGGGUGCAGAGAUUAUGGCGGAACUCCUUAAACAUCUAAACUAUCCAUCUGAGCUGGUUUUUCGACACACGGUCAAUAUUCCACGGGUUAUGCCACGAAUGAGUGCAAUCGUUCUAGCUCAUUCUCUGGAUGAACGUCCCGAGGUUGUUCCCCCGAACACCUCGAACAUUGGACUGGUUGGGCAAUUCGUCGAGAUACCACAAUACAGCUGUAUUGAUAUGAGUUAUGCUGCUCGUUCGGCGCAAAUGGUGGUAUCCAGGCUGAUGGGUAUCGACAUACCGUCGGCCGAAGUGAAGAGGUCACUAACUGCACUUUUGAUACGGAUUUUACUCUGGAAAUGA